GGCAGAGUGUUGUUGUUGGGUAGAGUAUCUGGCAGUUACAUUGAUGAGGGUUGCUGCGGCCUGCGGCCGGAGUAUCUUCUGGUGGGCGGCGUCACUAUGGUGACGUCACUGUGGCGGCGACUGUCACGGGGUGGAGGUAGUGGUAGAUGUCAAUGUAUUCGUGUCACUAUAGUCAGAAUUUGGGGCGGGUAUGUCACUGCGGAGAUGUCAUUGUGGCCGCCCUCGGUGGCGGUGACAAUUCGGGCGCGGCAGCGACAGUGACUCGGUGGCUGUGACAUGGCGGCGGUAUCAGCCGGAGUAACUUUUGGCGGGUGGCGUCACUGAAAAAUCAUUGUCACUAGGCAGUAACAGCGUCACUAUUGUGUCACUGUGGUCGUUGUCACUAUGGCCGAUGACGGUCUCCAGCGGUGGCGAUGGUCACCGGUGGGAGGUGGUGGCAAGGAGGGUGGAUGUCACUGUGUCUCGUGUCACUAGAGCGUGUCACUGUAGCAGUGUGUAUAUAAGCAAGCUUGUCACUUAUUACUUAUUAGUCACAUUUCAGGAAUUUUUAAAAAAUAUCAUUUCUUUGCCUAUUACGCUUUUAUCAGUAAUAUUCAAGACAAAACCCUAAAAAGAGACGGAGGAUAGUAUAAGUUUGAACUUUUCUUUUAUGUUUACAUUUUUUCGAAUACUGAACUCUUUUCACUUAGUUGAUUACAUUGGAUAUUGUACGACGUAAUAUACGGAGUACUACGUAGCAAUUUUUAUAUUUUUCCUUUAAGCCCAUAUAGGUCCAACUCUAUUAGUAAAAUGUAGGCCGACACGAACAAACCAUUAGUUAAUUUAGUUUGUAUAGGGCCCGAUCAAUCCCAACCCAAACCCUAUUAAAGAUAAAGUAUACUAUACAAAGAUCUAAAGAACCCUAUUAAACAUAGAGUACUAUACAAAGAUGUAAAGAAAACAUAUAUUUACCUGGAUUCUAAAAAUACAUGCUAUAUUUAAUUAUUUAUUGAUAAUGCUUUGCGUAAACAAAGAAUUACACCUUUUGUACACAUUUGUCGGUCAGACCUACCUCUUUGCACUAAUGAAUAAGGGUGACAACUCCGGUACCUUUCUAAAAACAGGGGUACCGUACCUAGGAUUCAUUUAAUUGGACCACAUCACUUUAUCAAUUUUAAUUUAGAUUUAAAUAAUUCAAAUGCUACCUUUUCAUUGGUCCAUAUGGACAAAGAUAUGAUACCUUAUGGGUACAUAGAAACUACCAUGAAUAAGAGAGUAUUUAUAAUGUGCAUAGAAAAUGUACAAAUUAAUGUCAUUUUCAAAAAGUUAUGCAGAUCUCUACUCCUCAUUCUAAAACCCGGCAAGACCUCCAAAUUUGACACAAUUAUGUAACAACAAAACAAAAAUAAAUCUAAGACUUCAAACGAGACAAAUUAAAUAUAAAAAGGUCCUCUUAUAUUGGGAGCAGUAAAUCACAACAAUGACUCUGAACUCACUGUAAAAAGUUAAUUCUUACUAUCCCAAAAGAUGUUAAUGAAACUCCGGUGGAGCCUUCCAUUCCUACAUCAAAAGAAGAUGUGGUGGCUGGACCUGAAACAUAGUUAUCUAUAUAUAUAGUAAAUACGGAGUUCUGUAUUUACUAGCAUCGAGAGAGAAGGUGAAUAAUAAAUUAAAGAUGCUGAUUGGCCAUGAAAGUUGUCAAGUUGGAGAUGGAAAUUUAAAGGUAGGUGGUGAUGAUAAGCUGGUGAUUGGAAGGUGUAGGGAAAUGUGUUUUUUGACAUAAAUAUUCACAUUAUACAUUGCAUACAUGUCCUCAAAAAUCAUUUUCGUCCUUUCCAUGGCCAAAUUUAUUCCCCGGAUCCGACCCGGAUCCACUCAACCAGCAACCACAACCUCUGUGUCCUUACAUCAGCCAUACACUGCCCUAAGCUGAGCUAAGCCAACUCCUUCCUCCACCACCACUUAUCUAUCAUCAAUUCCACAACUCAAUCCGCCAUUGCCGAACUUCUAUUUGUUCUUUUAUGUGAGGUAAGUUUCGGAUUGAAUCGAACCUGCAUUUUGGAUUUUGAGAAGCUAUCAUGGAUCAAUGCGCGAUUCCGGAUUUCGAGAUCGAUGAGGACUACUGCUCCCCUCUUCCCGUUGUUCCGCAGCCGAAUGUUUCUGGAAAUACUAAGAAGUCUGCAGUGGCAGAAGAGGAAAUCAUGGAGUUAUUGUGGCAGAACGGUCAGGUAGUGGUGGUGCACGCUCAAAACCAGAGAUCUGUUAAAAAACCGACUCCGUUCGGCGGCAGCGAUGCGACGAUUCCGCUUCCUCCCGCCGGCGACGUCAGAUCAGCGGCGGUGGAUGAAAUGCCAGCGCCUCAGCAUCUGUUCAUGCAGGAGGAUGAGAUGGCGGCUUGGCUUCAAUGUCCUCUGGUUGAGUAUCCUAUCGACCGGUAUCUCGGAGCCGAUCUACUGUAUCCGGCAGCUUCAGCUGCGCCGCCACCGCGGGACGGGAGACCAUCCGCGUCUCAGAUCCGACAUCCGCCGGCUCCUCAGUUAUCUGCCGACGCUCCUCGGCCGCCUAUACCUCCCGGAAGGCGAACAGAACCGGAAAGCGCGUCGCGUUUCCAGAACUUGGGAAACCUACCGCGAUUGGCUCGCCCGAAUUUCAGAGCCGGAACGUCGAGAGACUCGACGGUUGUGGAGUCCAAUGAGACUCCGAUGGUAGGGAGAGAAUACAGAGUUUCACGGGUAGCGGACAGAGCAGCGCAGAUUGCCGGCGGCAAUGUAGGAUGCGGGAUGGAAGCUGCUAGAACAUCAAACGGAGGAAAGGGAACGGGAACGUGUGAAUUGAGUUUGACGACGUCGCCGGGAAACUCCGGCGCCAGUGUCAGCGAAGAGAAGUCAAUAGCUCCGGUGGCGGAGGAUCGGAAGCGCAAAGCAAGGGAAACGGACGAGGAGGGCCAUAACGCGGAGGCUGAAUCAGCAUCUGCUGAUGCAAAGAAGCAAUCCCGUGCUUCUGGAUCGACCAAGCGAUCUCGUGCUGCAGAGGUCCAUAAUCUAUCCGAAAGGAGGCGUCGAGAUAGGAUCAACGAGAAAAUGAAAGCUCUGCAAGAACUAAUUCCACGUUGCAACAAGUCAGACAAAGCUUCAAUGUUGGAUGAAGCUAUCGAGUAUUUAAAAUCAUUACAGUUGCAAGUGCAGGUAUUUUUCGUUGCAAAGAAGAUGAUGUCGAUGAGCCAUGGAUGUGGAAUGAUGCCAAUGAUGUACCCCGGAUUCCAGCAGUACAUGCCUGCUGCAAUGAGUCUUGGGAUGGGGAUGGGAAUGAACCCACAGGUUGGACCGUACCCAACUGUUCUUCCAACUUCCUCCAUGCCAAACCCUUCCCCUGCUACAUCUUUGGGUCCAAGAUUCCCUAUGCCCACUUUUCCCAUGCCUCCUCCCUUUCCGGUUCCUGAUCCCUCAAGAAUUCCAGCUCCUAGCCAGCCACCACCAGAUCCUAUGCUAAACUCGCUUGUCCCUCAUAAUAAUUCUAACCAAUCGCCUUUCCCGAUUCCCCCCACAGAUGCAUACCAACAUUAUCAGCUUGGUCUUCACCACAGCCAAGUCACACAUCAACCGAAGAUGGAACAUCAUAUUAACAAGCUAGCUAGCAGCAGCAAAGAUGUUAAUAACUCGACAAACCAUCAAUAUGGCUGAAUUCCAUGUGGAUAGUUUAUGUAAGAGGCGUCUUCCCAAACUAAAUUUUGUAGUGUAAACAAAAAGAGGAACACAAUGCAGAAUUGCAGACACAUCUGGCAUAUUUCAUACAGAUGAAGCUUACAGCUAACUUGUAAUUAGUAAACCAAUCUUCAUUGUGAUUUUCAGUUAAUUAAUGGAAUUAUUUCUGAUUGUUUUCAGUUACCAAUUGAACUGAGGCAAUCGUUUGACAAUAACUGCUUAUUAAUGGACAAGACUAUGUAAAUUCAAAGAAGCAAAAUGUUCAUUCUGUAUUAUGUAAGGAGCCGUUGAGUGUACGUUUGUAAUCCCAAAAAUGUCAAGGAAAGAAAAUAUGUAUGAACAUGUAAGCAAAUUUUGGUAGGAAAGAAAACUUGGAACACAACUAUUGGUUCAAAGUUCAAACUUGAUAGUUUUAGAAUGCGUGGAACAUGACUAUUAAAGUAUUAUUAUGUAUAUAAUA